AUGGGCGGGGGUACUAGAAUCCAGACCGGCAAGCCUUCCUCAGAGGCCUUUGCUGUGGUGCGAAAGGCGGCUCAGCGCACCCUCAGCAUGCGCCACUUCGAUGUGCAGGUCGUGGGAGGGGCAGUGCUGCAUGCAGGGGCGAUAGCCGAGAUGAAGACAGGAGAGGGGAAGACGCUUGUGUCCACGCUCGCAGCUUACCUUAACGCCCUCGUGGGCAAAGGCGUGCAUGUGGUAACGGUCAAUGACUAUCUAGCAAGGAGGGAUGCGGAGUGGAUGGGCAGGGUGCACGGCUUUCUGGGGCUGUCAGUGGGGGUCAUUCAGGAAAUAGGGUUCGACUACCUGCGAGACCAUCUGGUUCAGGACCCAAGAGAGCGCACGCUGAGGUGGCCAGAUGCGCUGCACUACUCCAUCGUGGACGAGAUUGGCUUUCGACAAGAGAUUGGGUUCGACUACCUGCGAGACCAUCUGGUUCAGGACCCAAGCGAGCGCACGCUGAGGUGGCCAGAUGCACUGCACUACUCCAUCGUGGACGAGAUAGACUCUGUGCUCAUUGACGAAGGCAGGAACCCUCUGCUCAUCAGCAACAUGUCCUCCUCGUACGUCAUGCGCUUCCCUGUGGCUGCUCAAGUGGCGGAGAUCCUCAGAAGGGAUAUUGACUACACGGCAGACCUGAAGCUGCGCACGGUGCAGCUCACCGACUCGGGGGUGGCGAUUGUGGCAGAGAGCUUGAGAAGCGAGGAUGCUGCAGCAGAGGGGGACGGAGAGGGGGAAGGGGUGGAACUGGGGGAAGGAGGGAAUGGGAAUGGCGCAGAUUCAGAUGAUAUCUUUGAGAGCAGCAACUCAUUUGCGCAGUUCGUGCUGACGGCCCUCAAAGCAAAAGAGUUCUACCUGAGGGAUCGGGACUACAUUGUGAAAGACGGCCAAGUGAUUAUCGUGGACGAGUUCACGGGGAGAACAGCAGACAUGCGGCGCUGGAGCGACGGCAUUCACCAGGCUGUUGAGGCGAAAGAGGGUGUGGAAAUUAAGGUGAGUGGGAGGAGGAGAGUGUGUGAGGAUUAA